AUGAAGGUCUUCUCCAACGCCGUCACGUACAACUACUCGUGGGACGAAGUCUCCACCGCCAACUGGCGCAAGUACGGCCCCUGGAACAACCGGUCGGAGCACGUCGUCGCCGUGGACACGCUGGACCGCCGCGUCGACGCGCGGACGGGCAUCCUCCGCACCGAGCGCCUCAUCACCUGCAAGCAGUCGGCGCCCGAGUGGAUCAAGAGCCUGAUGGGCUCGUCCCUCGACGUCAGCUACGUCUACGAGGCCUCGUACGUGGACCCGCGCACCAAGACCCUCACCAUGGUCAGCCAGAACCUCACGUGGAGCAACCUGGUCAGCGUGCAGGAGGAGGUGACGUACAAGCCCGCGGGCCGCCACCGCACCGAGUUUGUGCAGUCGGCCCGCAUCACCGCCCUGUGCGGCGGCUGGCAGCGCAUCCGGAACAGCAUCGAGGACUCGCUGGUGACGCGGUUCAAGGAGAACGCCGCCAAGGGGCGCGAGGGCUUCGAGCGCGUCCUGGAGAUGAGCCGCAUCGUCUUUGCCGAGGAGAAGGCCCGCCAGCGCCAGGUGGUGGUGUGA